GAAAUCAGCACAGUGAAGUUUCUGUUGUGAAAUCGUCAGUCUCUCUGUCUCACUGCAGCAACAAUGGCUUCAAAAGUAUGGUCAGAGGAUCGGUUUAGCUGUUCAGUGUGUCUGGAGAUAUUGAAGGACCCAGUCACUACAGCAUGUGGACACAGUUACUGUAUGGGGUGUAUUAAGAACUGCUGGGAUCAGACUGAUCAUACAGGUGUCUACAGCUGCCCCCAGUGCAGAAAGACCUUUACUCCAAGGCCUGAUCUGGGCAGAAACACCAUGCUGGCUGAACUUGUGGAGGAAUUGAAGAAGACAGGACUCAAUCCUCCUCCUGCUCAAAGUUAUGCCAGACCUGGAGAUGUGCCGUGUGAUUUCUGCACUGGGAGAAAGUUCAAAGCUGUGAAAUCCUGUUUGACGUGCCUGGCCUCUUACUGUGAAACACACAUCAAGCCACACUAUGAGGGGGCUGCUUUCAAGAGGCACAAGCUGAUCAAUGCAAUUGGAAAUCUGGAGCAGAAGCUUUGUGCUGAACACCAGAAGGUUUUGGAGGUCUUCUGUAGAACCGAUCAGACGUGUAUUUGCUUGUUGUGUUUACAAAAUGAACACAAGAGCCAUGAUACAUUCUCAGCUGAGGCAGAAAGGAGUGUGAAACAGAAGCAGCUGGGAGAGACACAGACAGAAAUACAACAGAGAAUCCAGGAGAGACUCAAAGAAAUUAAGGAGCUGAAACAGACUGAGGAGUCACUGAAAAGAUCUGCAUGCAUAGAAAUAAAGGAAAGUGAGAAGAUCUUUACUGAGCUGAUCCGAUCCAUUGAGAAGAUCCACACUGAGGUUAUUGAGCAGAUUGGAGCUAACGAGAAGGCUGCAGUGAAUCAGGCUGAAGGACGCAUGAAGAAACUGGAGCAGGAGAUUGCUGAGCUAAGGAGGAGAAACGCUGAGCUGAAACAGCUUUCAGAGACAGAGGAUCACAUCAAUUUUCUACAGAAUUUCCAGUCUCUCUGUGCCCCUCCAGAAGCUGGAUACUUACCCAGCGUUACUGUCAAUACAGACAUCUCUUUUGGGGCUGUGAGGAAAGCUGUAUCUGAACUUAAAGACCAUAUUGAGGACUUCUGCAAGGGAGAAUUAGUCAAAAUAUCCACAACAGUGAAUGAAGUUGCAGUUUACAGUCUGCAGGCUCCACAGCCAAGGAACAGAGCUGAGUUUUUAAAAUAUUCCUGUCAGCUCACACUGGACCCCAACACAGCGUAUGAAGAGCUCUGUCUGUCUGAAGGGAACAGAAAGGUGACAUGGGGAGAGACCCAGAGAUAUCCUGAUCACCCAGAGAGAUUUGAUAUCUAUUCCCAAGUGCUUUGCAGAGAGGGUUUGUCUGGGACUCGCUGUUACUGGGAGAUUGAGUGGAGUGGGAGAGAGGCUUCUAUAGGAGUCACAUAUAAAGGAAUCAGCAGGAAAGGAGUGGUUCGUUCCUGUAUCCUUGGAUUCAAUGACAAGUCCUGGAGUUUGUUCUGCUCUGACUCCAGUUACAAUGCCCGGCACAAUAACAAUCAAACUGCAAUAACUGCCCCCCACUCCCCCAGAAUAGGAGUGUAUCUGGACUUUAAUGCCGGCACGCUGUCCUUUUAUGGCGUCUCUGACACAAUGACCCUCCUGCACAGAUUCCAAACCACAUUCACUGAGCCGCUCUAUCCUGGGUUUGGGCUUCAUUGUUAUGAUUCCCCUGUAACAAUCUGCCAGCUGAACUAGACUGUUUUGUGUUGUACGAAACCCUUUGUAUUGAACUCCCUGUCUGUCCUCUCCUCUCCUCGGGUGAAGGGAAUGUUCAAUCUGACACAACUUUGGAUGAAAGUUAGGGGUGUAAAACAGCGCCACCUGCAGAGCGAAACGAGGUGAAUUAUUUGUUUUUAGCAACGAAUGGAUUUCAUACGAAAUAACUGUAUUUAAUUUAUUUUUUAAGAAUUGUUAUGUUUUAUAUAUAUUUUAGAAAAUGGCAUCCAAUAUUCAGUGCUGUAACAGUUUUAAAAAAAGUGAACUUAAGUUUGAUUUAUUGUAUGUGUGUUUUUGUUUUUUGAUUUCCAUAAAAUGUUUAAUAUUUCAGAUUUUAGUGAUGUGAUUUAAUAAAAAAAAUUAACGUGAUAGACUGACUUGUAAAGCAUAGGGAAGCACUGUAAGGCACAGAGAGGUCUGGUAAAGCAUAGGGAAGCAUUGUAAAGCACAGAGAGGUCUAGUAAAGCAUAGGGAAGCAUUGUAAUGCACAGAGAGGUCUGGUAAAGCAUAGGGAAGCAAUGUAAAGCACAGAGAGGUCUGGUAAAGCAUAGGGAAGCAAUGUAAAGCACAGAGAGGUCUGGUAAAGCAUAGGGAAGCAUUGUAAAGCACAGAGCGGUCUGGACUCUAACCCUGGUCUUGAGACUCAGCUCAGUGAUUUGGAUUCCUGAACAGCU